CCGCACCGCAAACUAACACCGCGGUGUGAUCCAUUCUGCAAGUGAUCCGUUCUGCAUGGCGACCUCCGCCCACACGGUGCUCGACGUCGACUCCGGCGGCGGCGCGGCGACCGCGGCGGCCGGCCCGCCGGUGCCGUACCUGCUGUCCUUCACCGACCUCUCGUACAGCGUCAGGAAGGGCGGCGGCGGGGUCCUGUCGUGCCUGCCGUCGAGCCGCCGCCGCCGCCACAGCAACCGCCUGGCGUCCGCGGACGCGCCGGCGCCGCCCGACGCGCCCACCAAGGCGCUGCUCGACGGCAUCUCCGGCGAGGCGCGGGACGGCGAGCUGUUCGCCGUCAUGGGGGCCAGCGGGUCCGGCAAGUCCACGCUGGUCGACGCGCUCGCCGGCCGCAUCGCGCGGGAGAGCCUCCGCGGCGCCGUCGAGCUCAACGGCGAGCCGCUCCAUGGGCGCCGCCUCCGCGCCAUCUCCGCGUACGUCAUGCAGGACGACCUGCUGUACCCGAUGCUCACCGUGCGGGAGACGCUGCUGUUCGCCGCCGAGUUCCGCCUCCCGCGCGCGCUCUCGCCGGACAAGAAGCGCGCCCGCGUCGACGCGCUCAUCGACCAGCUCGGCCUCGCGCGCGCCGCGGACACCAUCAUCGGCGACGAGGCCCACCGCGGCGUGUCCGGCGGGGAGCGCCGCCGCGUGUCCAUCGGCACGGACAUCGUCCACGACCCCAUCCUGCUGUUCCUCGACGAGCCCACCUCCGGGCUGGACUCGGCGAGCGCGUUCAUGGUGGUGCAGGUGCUCCGCCGCAUCGCGCAGAGCGGCAGCGUCGUCAUCAUGACCAUCCACCAGCCCAGCGCGCGCAUCCUCAACAUCCUCGACCGCCUCCUCCUCCUCUCCCGCGGCCGCACCGUCUACGCCGGCACGCCGGUGGGGCUCAAGCCCUUCUUCUCCGAGUUCGGCGACCCCAUCCCGGACAACGAGAACCCGGCCGAGUUCGCGCUCGACACCAUCCGCGAGCUCGAGCACCAGCCCGACGGCGCCGCCCCGCUCGCCGACUUCAACGUCAAGUGGCAGUCCAUGCACGCCGCACUCCCGGCAGCUGACAGCAAGGACAGCAAGCGAUGCACCAUGCCACUCGAGCUCGCCAUCACGGAGAGCGUGUCGAGGGGGAAGCUCGUCGCCGGCAGCGGCUCGGGGACGGCGUCGUCGACCUCGGUGCCGACGUUCGCGAACCCGCUGUCCGUCGAGGUGUGGGUGCUGAUGAAGCGAUCCUUCACGAACACGGGGCGCAUGCCGGAGCUGUUCGUGAUGCGGCUCGGCACGAUCAUGGUGACGGGGUUCAUCCUCGCCACCAUCUUCUGGCGCCUCGACGACACGCCCAAGGGAGUCCAGGAGCGUCUCGGCUUCUUCGCCAUGGCGAUGUCCACCAUGUUCUACGUCUGCGCCGACGCGCUGCCGGUGUUCGUCCAGGAGCGCCACAUCUACCUCCGAGAGACAGCGCACAACGCGUACCGGAGACUCUCCUACGUGUUCGCCAACGCCGUCGUCGCGUUCCCGCCGCUGGUGUUCCUGUCGCUGGCGUUCGCGGUGACCACCUUCUUCGCCGUCGGCCUCGCCGGCGGCGGCGGUUCGUUCCUGUUCUUCGUGCUGAUCAUCCUGGCGUCGUUCUGGGCGGGGAGCGGGUUCGUGACGUUCCUGUCCGCGGUGGUGCCGCACGUCAUGCUGGGAUACACGGUGGUCGUCGCCAUCCUCGCCUACUUCCUGCUCUUCUCCGGCUUCUUCAUCAACCGCGACCGCAUCCCGAGCUACUGGAUCUGGUUCCACUACCUGUCGCUCGUCAAGUACCCGUACCAGGCGGUGCUCCAGAACGAGUUCCGCGACGCGACGCGGUGCUUCUCCCGCGGCGUCGAGAUGUUCGACGGGACGCCGAUCGGCGCCAUGUCCAGGGCCGUCAAGCUCAAGGUGCUCGAUGCCAUCAGCAAGACGCUCGGCACCAACAUGACGGCGAACACCUGCGUCACCACCGGCGCCGACGUGCUGGCGCAGCAGGCCGUCACUGACAUUGGCAAGUGGAAGUGCCUGCUGGUCACCGUGGCGUGGGGGUUCUUCUUCCGGGCUCUCUUCUACGUCGUCUUGCUCGUCGGCAGCAAGAACAAGAGGAGGUAGAGAGAGAGGGGCCGAUCAUGUUCAGCUGAUAUGAUGUCUGAAUUAAUGACAGCAAGAAAUGUGUGAUAUGCUAGUAGUGUAUUUGUUUGUGUAAUUUUCUCAUUUUGUUGAAGAUGCAGUUCAUGUAUGUGAAUGUGUUCAGUUUUACUGGCUGUUAUACACUAAAACAUACAGAAUUACAUGUUGAUAUACUGUUUCUCAAUGACCCUUC